AUGCCAGAACAAGACAUAUCCCAUUCACCCCAACGAAGUAAAGAUCAGUCCAGAACCAAAAAGAAUAGAAGAAGCAAAGUAAACACGUUGCUUAAGCGAGCGACUAGCGAGUGGGGUAAUUUUUGGGCCCGAAUACGUUCGUUAUCAGAAGUUGUGUUUGCUCCCGACGGAAGUUUCGACGAACUUUUCGAAACCAGUGACUCUGAAGGGGCGUUUGAGCGUUUGACAAAGGUGAGUAAGGCGUACACCUCGGCCGAAGAAGCAUUUUUGCAGGAAUAUCGAAAGCACAAGAGUCUAGAAAAAAUGUACGAGCAUCACCAACAGGGCAACGAUGAGAUACGGUCAUCCACGACCAUGGGGUCUGAGUCUCCAGUUGGUCAAGAUGUGGGAUUGCUGAUACUGAAGCGGGUCGGCAGCGAUAACCAAGAAGCUGGAAGUACUGCGGUUGAAAGCACCAAUUAUGACGAGCUUGAUGUUUGUAAGCUUCGAGAGCAGAUGGAACAAGACAAGCAAGAACCCUUGUCGUCUGGUGACUGUUUGGGUGAAAAGCUCUGGAAAUACAGGCGCAAUAUUUGGUUGACGCCAACAAAGAGCGAAGAAGAUAUUGAAGAUCAUAUUGUGGAACAAUCGUUAUCGCAUCUACCACGAGAAGCUCUUCCAAAAGUAUACACCAACCUUGUUGAUCGGGGCCGUGUAUUGAGACAGGAUAGAUAUGUUAAUUUGGAAGAUCUUACCAAGAUCAUUAAUGCUGGAUGGAUAGCAGAAGAGAAAUGGGAACGAGCAGCUAAAGGUCUACCAUAG